AACCGCAUUCUAUAUUUAACUACAACAACAACUUUCUCUGUACGUCAUUUCCUGGAGAUUUUUAAAAUGGCGGAUAAACAAACUUUUUAAUAUAUUUUUGUUGCAGACUUUGAAAUAUAUAUUUGUAGCGAUUCAAGUGUGGUUUUGUUAGAUCAGUAUGUAGCAGACUGAAAAAAAAAUAUAUAUCUGUGACAGUGUAGCAGAAACCAGAAGCUCACAAUGUCGGCAAUAGCUAGUAUGAUGGUGAAACAGACUCACACCACCCUUAGUGAGGAUACUGAAGAGGAGGAGCCAAUGAGUAAGCAGCUGGAAAUUCUAAUGGAGCGUAGACGACAAGAAGAAGUCCGUAAAGCUCGCUUUCAUUGGUCACUGCUCCGAAGUUCCAUCAAGAAUACAAUCACAGCCGUGAAAGAAUCUGAUGAAAAAAAUGUUCUUAUAUCUCAUGGUAUACACCAUCUGCGAAAAAUGAACCAUGCAACUGAACUGAAACAAGUGGUGUUUAUAAAAGAGCUGGAUGAAUACUUGACCACUGAUGGUAAGACUGUACGUAUGUUUAUGUCAGACGGACGGAAAAAGAAAGCUUAUACCCCUGAGGAACCUAUGGAUCAUAUUUCUUACUGCUCAAACUUUAAACAAUUUGUAGGCUGGAUUACAGGUGGUGAUGAGUUAUUUCUGAUGAACAAUGAUUUUGAGAUAAUAUCUCAGUCACGAGCACCGAGUAGAAUUGUCCUGGCUGAUUAUAACAAACACACUAAUGAAUUUGUCACAGUAGGGCCAGGAUAUUUUGUAACGUGGGCAUUUCGUUACGGAGCGAGACAUUUAAUUCCUCGUAAGAUGAAUCGUACAGAGUAUAAAGAGAACAACAUGUUUAGUCACAUGGUGCUAGAGGGAACUGCUAGUAGAUCACAGAAAAUCUUCCUGUCUGUCCAUACUUCAUGUGUGGUGUACAAUGUAUUUGAUGGGAAGCAACUGUCCUACAGGAAAGACCUUCAUGAACGUGACAUCACAGCUAUGACCUUCUUUAAUCCACUGAAAUAUCUUAUAACUGGUGCUCUUGAUGGAACUA